GCGGCCUUGUACCACAGGCAGAGGGCGCGGGCGGUCGCCGUGUGGAGCCUGUAACUCCGCUUCGUUCGAGGUCGACGCCCGCCGUUUACAGAGACCAUUCCUUAGCUAUUGUUUGGAAGCAAUGAGUUUAAGACCCUUCACCUACCCGUUUCCAGAGACAAGAUUUCUUCAUUCAGGAUCCAAUGUAUAUAAAUUCAAAAUCAGAUAUGGUGACAGCAUCAGAGGGGAAGAUAUAGAAAAUAAGGAAGUCAUCGUCCAGGAGCUGGAGGAUUCUAUUCGUGUGGUCCUAGGAAAUUUGGACAGUCUGCAGCCAUUUGCUACGGAACACUUUGUUGUAUUUCCCUAUAAAAGCAAAUGGGAGAGAGUGUCCCACUUGAAAUUCAAACAUGGCGAAAUCGUGUUGAUCCCCUAUCCAUUUGUUUUGACACUGUACGUAGAGCUGAAAUGGUUUAAUGAAAACCUGUCAACUGGGAAACGAAUAGAUGACAGUCCCCUUGGACUGGUCCCUGCUGAGAGGAAGGCAGCAGGAGCCAUGAAGAAACGAAAGCGCAUGGAAUUGUCUGUCUCUCCCAGCAGACCAGGGCUGGACAGGGCCACGAUGAGGACUUCCAGCCAAGGUCCCAGCAAAAAGAAGUUCCUCAUGGAAACCAGCAGGAACAUGGAAAGAAACACCCAGCAGAAAUGUCAGGAGACUCCAGCAUUUGAUGGCACUGAUGUCCAGGAACAGGGUUCUAGGUGGGAGGACAGCCUAGCGGGGGAGAUUACCCCACCAUUGCAGCAAAGCAAUCCGCCUCCACCUGCAGGACCCACAGACCUGGGGACCAGUGGCUUCUUUGGGUUUUUGAGCCCUGACCUCCGGCAGCUUUUGGGCAGAAAAGAGGAGAAAGCAGCCGAUGCCACUCCCCCCAACCACACCUCAGACAAGAGCUGGAUCUCCCAGGUGGGAUCGCUGAGGGCUGAGGCCUGA